AUGACGGAACAUCAGUGCUAUUCGUUCUACUACGAACAGGAUGAAGAAACCACAGCCCCAGUCUAUGAUUUCUGUCAGCACAGUGCACCAGGUCCAGCAGCCCCAGUAGAGCACCCUUGUGCAUCAACCCCCGCUGGACCCAACCCUUGUGACCACAGCACUCCACCAGAGAGUGGACCUAUGUCCGGGUGUCCGGGUGGAGUGAUCCUCAUAGGAGGACCAGCUUGUUUGUGUCCGUGUUCUUGUGGUAAUGGAGCUGGAGACCCUGCCUGUUUGUGUGCUUGUGGUUGUCCGGCCUCGGGUGGUGACGGUGAUGACAGCAGUAAAGUUGGGGAUGAUAGCAGUAACAUUAGUGAUGGAGACAAGAAGAAGAAAAAGAAGAAGAAGAAAAAAAGAAAGUCAUCUGGGGACCUCGCUGAUGUGCUUGCUAAGGAUACCACUUCUGAAUCACCCCACUCUGGAAAGAGUGAUGCUAAACGUGGUUGCUGUGAUGAGGGCAAGGCUUGUGGUACAUGUGGUGCAUGUUGUAGCACGUGCUGUGGUUGCUGUGGUCCUUCCUGCCCAGGUUGUUGUAAGUGUGGGGACUGCUCUUGUGGGGAUUGUUGUGGCUGCUGUAAGGGGUCACCGUGCGGUUGUGGUUGCUGUGAUGGGGCUUGCUGCGAAGGGGCCUGUGAUGAUUGUAAAUGCUGCAAGAGCUGCAGCUCCUGCUGUAAGGGGUGUGGUGACUGUGGACCAAGUUGUCCGGGCUGCUGUAAGUGCAGUGACUGUUCUUGUGGAGACUGCUGUGGAUGUUGUAAGGGUGGUCCGUGUUGUUGUAGUUGUUGUGAUGGUGGGUGCUGUGGGGGAGCGUGUGGGGACUGCAAGUGCUGCACGCUUUGUGAUGACUGUUGUAAAGGCUGCGGAGAGUGCUGUUGUGGUAAGCUCAGUGCUUGUUGUACAGCGUGCGGCAAGAGCUGUGAGGGCUGCUGUGGAAAAUGCGGAUGCGGACAAUGUGGAGAUUGCUGCGAGGGUUGUUGUGCUAAAUGCGGUGAUUGCUGUAAGAAAUGUGGUGACUGCAGUGGCUGUGCGGAUUGCUGUGAUGGCUGCUGUGACAGCUGUGCUAAAGGUUUUUGUGAUUGUUGUGGCAAAUGCGACUCAUGUUGCGCUGGUUUCAGCUGUGGCGACUGCUGUGGGUGCUGUAAGGGUGAUUGUUGUGCUUGCUCCUGCUGUGAAGGGUCCUGCUGUGGAGGGUCUUGUGGUGCUUGUAAGUGCUGCAAGAUAACCGGGUGCUGCAAGUUUGACUGCUUCAAAGGAUGCUGCCCAGAUGGGUGCUGCACUUGUGGGAACUGUUGUAAACCUAACUGCUGUAAAGCUGAGUGCUGUGACGCUAACUGCUGCCAGUUUGGUGAUUGUGGGGAGUGUCUCAGUUGUUGUGGUAAGAUGUGCAAGAACUGUUGCACCUGCGGAGGAUGUGCACCCUGUGAGAAGUGCACCGGUGCUUUGAAGGGAUGUUGCGGCAAGUGUGGUGAUGGUUGUGGAAAAUGCUGUGAUCCUUGUGGAAAAUGCUGUGGUUCCCUCAAAGAUGGUUGUGGAAAAUGUUGUGCUCCGUGCGGUGAAUGUAGUGGUAAAUGCAGUGAAGCCUGCGGUAAUUGCAUGAAAUGUGGAGACUGUUGCGGAUGCGGUAAAUGUGGGGAUUGCUGUAAAGGUUGUAGUUGUGGUGACUGUUGUGGGUGCUGUAAGACAGACUGCUGCUCCUGCUCCUGCUGCGAUGGUUCUUGUUGUGGGGGCACUUGCGGUGCUUGCAAGUGCUGCAAGUUCACUGACUGCUGUGCGUGCGACUGUUUUGCCGGGUGCUGUCCGGACGGGUGCUGUCCGGACGGGUGCUGCACUUGUGGUAAGUGUGCUCCUUGUGCUGGUGAGUGCUGUGGUAAGGAGUACUGUGACAGUGGGUGUUUUGGUAAGAAGAAGAAGAAGAAGAAAGAUGAGCACAAAUGUCCUUGUGGACGCCCUCUCUAG